CCCUAUCUGCGUCCCAUAAUCUUCCGGGCCUUCCUCCCCGAAAGGAAAUUGAUCCAAGACCAAUGGUACGGGGCCCGCCGCUACAUUGCAGACUCAAUCCGAGAGAAACAAGCCCGCCAGGGUGGUCCAUUGGAAGAUCCUCCGUCCAUGUUCGAUCAUCUCACGUCGGGCAAGAACGAGCAUCUGGCGACCAACUUGGACGAACAGGUUCUGUACCAGAUGACGUUGGUCGCCGUGGGGACCGUGACUACCUUUGCGUCCGUUACUCAAUGUCUGUACGACCUGGCGGCGUACCCUGAAUACAUUCCCAUGUUGAGGGAGGAGAUGGAGCAAGCGCCCCGCGAUCCGCAGGGCCAUUUCAGCAAGGAGUCCCUGGCAAGCAUGAUGAAGCUCGACAGUUUCAUCAAGGAAAGCCAACGCAUUUCGGCUCCGGAUCUCUGUAUGCCCCCCCUGCGCCGUGUUAUUGACAUUUUGAAUCCAGCUACAUUCCAACGAGCGGCCACCGCGGAUUUGACCCUAUCCGAUGGCACCUUUAUUCCCAAGGGGACGAAGAUCGAGUGUGCCACCAGCUCCAUCCACAUGGACCCAGUGCACUACGAAAACCCCAAUCAGUUCGACGGCCUCCGGUAUUACCGCGCGCGCCAGGUAUCAGGAGAGGAGAACAAACAUAUGUACGUGAGUGUUGGAAAGCACGACCUGUCCUUUGGGUAUGGGAGACACGCGUGCCCCGGGCGGUUCCUGGGCCACGUCAAUAUCAAGCUCCUGAUGGCGGAAAUCAUUCUCCAUUACGACAUCAAGAACCUGCCGGGACAGACGAGACCCAAGAAUGAUGAGUUUGAGGCGAUUGUGAGUGGACCUGAGUGA